AUGCGAUGACAGAGUUGUCAAAUUUGUCAAUAAUAUUUUGUGUAAAUUUAUUUUCCCUUUUUUAAGCUAAAAAACUUACAAAUCAUUGUCAGCGUCAAGAAUUUGUAUUUAUUGAGUAACGUUUUACAUAUCUACAACGUACAACUGGUGCAACUCGUUAGUUUUUCAUUUUAUUGUUUUUAAAUAUAACUACGCACAUUCGUUUCUAUAAUGGAUGAAGAAGUGUUAACAACUCUAAAAAUCCUAAUAAUCGGAGAAAGUGGUGUCGGGAAGUCUAGCAUUCUAGUCCGUUUCACAGAGGACAAUUUCGAUCCUGAUCAAACAUUAACAAUUGGAGUUGAUUUUAAAACUAAGAAACUUUCUGUCGAUGGGAACACAGUGAAAUUGGCAAUAUGGGACACUGCAGGGCAAGAGCGGUUUCGAACGUUAACACCGUCAUAUUACCGUGAAGCACAGGGCGCUAUUCUAGUCUAUGAUGUCACUAAUUAUUCCACGUUUGCGAAAUUAGAAACGUGGUUAAGCGAAUUAGAAACUUAUUCGACAAAGCCAAACAUAGUUAAAAUGAUUGUUGGAAAUAAAAUCGAUAAGGAAAACCGUGAAGUAAAUAGAGAUGAGGCAAUGAAAUUUGCCAGAAGACAUCAAACUUUGUAUAUAGAAGCCAGUGCAAAAACUAGGGACGGCGUACAAUGUGCUUUUGAAGAAUUAGUUCAUAAAAUAAUUCAGACACCGGGACUUUGGGAAUCAUUUGCACUAAAUGGUAAUGUUCAUGUUGACAACAAGGAUCAUCCAUCGGACUCUAGCUCUUGCUACUGCAGCUUGGUUUAAGAAUACUCAUGGGCUUUUUCUGUAAAUGUAGUACAAUAAUAAAUUAAUUAUUAAUUUUUACAAGUUCAAUUGUGUAUUUUGUACUUGAUUUAUUGAUCUUUUAAAAAUAAAUGUUAAAACUGCAGCAGCUUCACAUGAAAUAA